GAAUUGUAUUCACAUGAAUAAUCACCGCGCGCGAUAAGCUAACUCUUGUUUUUUUUCGCUUGUUUUUAAAUCGCGUUGCUGCUGAUUUUGUUUCUCUUUGCAAUCGCUUCACUGUUUGUAGCGUAUUUGUUUUGCAUCAAAUGCAAUCCGUAAUGUGUAUAUAUUCUCACGCACUCAACGAUUAUCUCUAGUUUAAACUGAAUCGCAUUGUUUAUCCCAAAUUCGUUCGAAAAGAAUUUUUUUCCGUUGCUCUUGCAUACACGCUAUGAAAAAUUAUGAACACUUUCGCAAAAUAUUAAAAAAAAAAAUGUUUCGUUUUGUUUAUUUAAAAAUUUUGACUUUUAUAUGAAUUGUGCAUUGCACUCAUGUUUUUUUUUGAAAAUCUACACUUUGGCACGUCUUUCGAACUCUUUAGUUCUUUCGAACCGUAAUCCAACUGAUAAUUUUUUUUGUUGACUCACAAACUGGGCGAAUUUAUCACUUUACACAAGAAAUAACUUUCUUUUUUCUUUUAAACCGGAAAAAAUUCUGACUGUAAUCAGUUUGAACGCAACACUCGAAGUAUACACAGAGAAUGAAGAAAAACGAUGAAAAACAUGCAGUAACACAUACACGUCUUGUCGCUUUAAACCGCAAUCACUGAAUGUUUCUAGUUAGUCGCGCGUUCAAAACAUACAUUUUUGGAAAACUAAUACGAAGACCACUUCAUUUCACUACUACGACACGCACGCACACACCAUACAACUUGGUUGCACUACACACAGGUUGUGCCUAUGCUUAAGCGUUGUGUAAAAGUCAGUGGUUAGUGCUGUGCUUGUUGGAAUGAAUAUAUGUGUGUAUAGAGCGGUUUCAUUGUUUCGCCGUAUAGUUAUGUAUAUACGUUGAGUGUGCGGCGGCCAAAGUAAGAGAAAAGACAACAACGAUUGCUGAACAAGACAAAAGCAUUUCAUCUGUAUACCACAUUCACUCACAGCCGAACUGAGUGUGGUGUGAGUUUUGGGAAUACACACUUCAACCGAACUGGAAAGCAAUGAGAAUCGUAGAAUGAGAGAAUUUUGUUGUUUUUUUUCCGACUCAGUCGUCUCAUGCUUGCACUAUUCCACUUCACCAGCAUAUACGUAUGCAUACAUGUAUGUUAAAUGUGAUUGAUGGAACGGCGUGGAAUGAAGUUUGCAUGUAUGCUCAAUCGGCAAUUCAUUGUUUUGAUUCAACAUGCUUCCAUGUGCUACGUAUACGUAAUUUCUUGUUUACAAACUGUUUUCGAGCCGAUGCCAAAUGUAUUCCGCUUUAUCUUCCGAUCAUUUACCACGAUCGCUAAACAGAAUCCAUAUUUCAGUACUAAAGCCGUCUAAUUGCUGUGACAGAAUGGUUUUUAUACCACCAUCGACAUUAAGACAACAAAAACAACAACAAAAUUUUUGAUAUAAACAAAUUCCUCAGCGAAUGCCACGGCAAGUGUACAAACCAAUUAUAAUUUGGAUGUAUUGACAAAUGCCGCAAACCGAGUGUGCAUGUAAAAAGCAACGAAAAUAUAUUGAAAUACAAGGAAAAUUCAGUGAUUGCGCAGAAUGUCGUUGCAUUUUAUAUGCUUGACGGCAACAGGUGGUGUUCCGAUUUUUACACGUAAGAAAGGAGACUGUGAUACGCUUCCAUUUUCGACGGUGGGUUCGUUGAAUGGAGUGCAUAUGUUUUGCAAGUCGCGGGGCGCUCAACUGAAUAGCACUUAUUUGGAAGAUGACACCGUUGUUGUGUGGAAAGAUUUCGAAAAUUGCUUCACUAUGAUUGGCAUCGGAAGAGGCUAUACCGAAAAAGUGAUUCGUGAUUUUUUGGAUAUCGUUUUCAAUGCAACCAUUUUUUCAAUUGGCCUAAAUGAAGUGAAACACAACAAAAAUCCCGAGCAAUUAAAACGAGAGCUAAAACAAAAAUGCUAUCCAAUCGUUGAUAAAAUAAUAGAAAACAUCGACUCGGACUUAUUGAAACUAACCGAUUGUAUCAUUCCAAGCGGUGGAACAGAGAUAUUGGCUCGAUUGAAUGAGUUUUCCGAUCAAGUUGGCUCACCAUUUUGCUGUGUGGUGAUGUCUCGUCAAAAAGUAGUUGCCGGUACCGAAGGCUGGUGGGAUUUGAAUGUGAUUGAUCGCAAAUUGCUCAUAACCAUUUUGAGCGUAUCAAAUUCCGUUCAAGUCGAUGUACCUGUUUACCUACCCAAGAAAUCUCCAACGAUCGCAUACCGUUUUGUGUGCAUUCCCAUAUUUCAAAUGAUCAGUGUCUGUGUUGUUUGCGGUGCAGAGCCACAGUUUUCCGAUGCCGCAAGUUUAGUACAGCAUAUUUGGCGAAAUGAUUUGGAAUUGCUGCGUAAUGCAAAGCUUUGCUAUCCACGAAAUUUUUCCACAAACUUGCCGCAAUUCGAUCCAAGUAUUUUGGGUAUUUUACUGGUAAAUCGAACGCAUUCGAAGUACGUGAUGUCACGUAAUUUACAGCCAGCCGUGGGCAAUAAGCGAGUGAUUAACACCGGCGGUCAUCAUCGUUUGGAUAUUUUGAGGUCAUUCUUCCAUCAAGCGGUCGACAUCAUUGACACGUUUCUAUGUGACGAAAGCAGUUCUGCGUUGGCUCCUCAAACAAGUCCCUGCAAAGCGCUUGAGUCGUAUUGGACGCUUGAAUAUCAUAAAUGUCAUUCAUUCGUGUCUGGUGACAAUCUUAUCUGCAUUUUGUUUCCAUCCUCGAUCCCAGUGCAUACAAUGAGGCUCAUAACACAUAGAACAUUAAACAUAAUUUUAUCCGAAAAGGACAUCGCAUGGUAGCCAAUCGACCACCGUUCAAUAUAUAAAUUAUCAGUUUUUUUUAGGGUAACGACCCAUGGACAAAUGUCCAAUGGGAAAUUCUCAUUUUCGUUAGUCAUUUAAUUUUUGUUGAUUUCAAACUUCUUCGGAACAAUGUUUUGCCAGUUCGAGUAAAUCUUUAGACACCAUUUAUUUUUUGGCCAAAUCACAAACAUUCACACAUUUUUGGUUCAACUAAAUCCGAUGGAAAAGAAUUAUUGUCAAAGUUUUACACGUUAUUUACACGUUCAUUUUGAUUUUAUUGUCAUUUUUUUUAAAUAAAAUUUUAUAUUGUCUAUGUUCAGAUUUUUUGUCAACUAAAAAAUCGUUGAAACAUGAUUACUCGCAGUGUUUAUUGCAACGAAACACAAUGGCAAAAUGUUAAUAUAAUUGAACAAAUAUUUUUCUAAAAAAAAGAAACAUUUGCUGAUAAAUUCAACUUUAACUGAACAAUUAUUCGGUAAAUUUGAUUUAACAUUUCUUCUUAAAUUAUAAUUAAGGGCGGUGAAAACGAGGGAAAAAAAUUCGUUAAGAAAACUAAAACUAUUUCACACGUUCACUUAAUCACAAAAAAAUGUGCAAUUGAAGAAGAAAAAAAUACUCGUUGAAAAUGUGUAAAAUUAUUUACAUGAAAUUAGAUGAAAAUUCAUUA